AUGCCAUUCACUUGCGGCGAUAUCGUCAAGAUCAUCUUUGCGGUCAUCUUCCCCCCUCUUGGAGUCUUCCUUGAGCGAGGAUGUGGUGCCGACCUGCUCAUCAACAUUCUCUUGACCAUUCUCGGAUUCAUUCCAGGCAAGUCGACUCGUACGAUCCUGAGAGCACGAACGCUAACUAUACCUCAGGAAUCAUCCACGCCCUGUACAUUAUUCUGA